AUGGAGGUGGUGGAUUUGGUGUCAUCCGACUCCGAGGACGAGGCGUGCGCGCACUCGCCUGAUCGGAAGCGUCCUGCCUGGGAGCCCGCGGAUCCAUCCCGCCGCCCCGGGAGUCUUCCCGAGCAGACAAGCAGAAUGGCCUGGCCGCCGCAGCAGCCAAGUCAGGCGGUGAAGAAGGAUAAGGAGAAGGCAGGCGAGGGGGGGAGCGCGUGGGCAGCAGGACCCCCUUCGCUCAGGGGAGGAUCGCAUGGUUCCAGUGCUGGUAUCUUGGGAGCUAGGCCUGCGGGGUGGGAUUCAUGGAGUGCAGCGGCACACAAAUCUAGAGAUGAAAGAAGUGAAACGGCCGAGUGUUGUUGGGGAACUUGGGGUAAUGAGAUUUGCAGAUCAGUCUCUGUGCCCAACGAAGAUGGUGCUGCGAUGCCUGGACAGAGCUCUAUGGCCAUUCCUGAGCUACUCAUGGAAGACAGUAGCGCAUGGCUGUCGAGGAUCAAGGGGCUCCAUUUCCCACUCCCUGACGAGAGCCAGUUGAAAGCCAGGCAAAUUCAGUCAGAUGAGAUGCUUGCUCUUAAGCUUCAAGAGCAGUUCAACCAGGAACAGCCUGGCUCGCAAUCUUCCCAGCAGGUUGAUACGACUCUAGCUUGGACACUGCAAGAGCAAGAUGCUGCGCGUGCCAGAAUUGCUGCGAGAGAGGGCCAAUCUAGUUCUAGCCAGAGGGACCGCUCAAUGGCACACUUGUAUUCAUACGGCUGGCGCUCGCAAGUUCAAGGUUCUACUUCAUGGCCACCUACUCACACAUCAGCUCCAAUAACAAGCAGACGGUGGUUGCCAAGAAACAGCGGCCCGGGAUCAGAGCAACAAAAUAUGAUUAUCUCGCAAUUGACCAAAGGGUGUUUUGGACAAGAAAACAUGGAUUUAGAAAUGAGAAUGGCUGUGCUGGACUCGCUCCAAGAAGCACUUGAAAGCUGUGCCGACACCUAUCCUACAGAUUCAGAUGAUGAUGACUAUGAGAACUUGAUAGCGCUUGAUGACAACAACCAUCGCAGAGGAGCUUCUGACAGUGAAAUUGACAGCUUGCCACUAUCUGUUGCUGAGGGAGAAAGCCGCCGAGACGAGCCCUGCCCUAUAUGCCUGGACUGCCCUGCUGAUGGUGCUCCCCUCCGGCAUCUGCCGUGCGCACACAAAUUCCAUAAAGAGUGCAUCGACAGGUGGCUUCGGAUGAGGACCUCGUGCCCGGUGUGCAAAUCUGCUGUGUUUUGA